AUGUCUCGGUUGUCAGUGCCGCCGCCCCGAAAGCCAUUUCUCCUCUGCUCCAGCUCUAUCAUCUUCUACGGUAGUUCACCACACCUUUUUGAUCUUACGACGAGUCUCGUUUUCUACUUACCAGCACACACUUGCCAACGAACAUGUGCCAUCCAAACACUUGACACAUCCAUCGUAGGAUGUAGGCCGGUAGGCCAUCACUUAGUCGUAACAAUCAGCCCACCAAGCCAGCCAGUGACCGUUCCAACCCAACCUAUCGGUCUCUCGGUACAUAGUAAGAAAGUACUACCGUCGUAA